ACAACAUCAAGGAGACAAUGGAACACAGGAUGACAUCAAACCUUGUUUGGGAAAAUACAACCAGGGGAAGCACAACACAUAUUGACAUCACUCAAAAAAACAACCAAGUUCUUGAGACAAAGACAGAGCAUUUAUAAUCCCUCUUUCUUCCAACCAAACAAAGAGCAAGAAGAUCAGAACAACUUGUCUGAUCACAGCGAGACCCAUGGCAUUGGACUCAUACGCCAUCUCCUGGGGAGUGCUCAAAGUCAUCCAUCACAGAGAAUCUCAAAAGAGAUUGCAUGACGGUGGAAGAGGCUGUGAAACAGAUUGCUCCAAACUGUGAAGGCAGAGGGGGCCAAGGUAGAGAGGAUCGGUUCGAAGGGGAGCAAGCUUCCAAGGAUAUCCACAGACCGCCACAAAAGAACCGACUUCCACCGCAGCAACCGGAGAUGACUCACCUCUCCACGAUCCGACAACCAUCCAAGCAACAACAUCACCUUGGGGAAGCGGCGGGGGGGGGGGGGGGGGGGGGGGGGGUGGGGAAUGAGAAUGACUUCACCUUGAAGAUGAAACAACCAACCUGGAAAGAUCAAGCUUCCCAAGCUGCAACCUCCAAAUCCUCAAACGAGCAAGCCUUGAACCUAGUGGCGGAGCCAGCUCAUAACAAGCUGGGUCCCGGGACCCACCUUGGCUCAAGAUUAUAGUGUUUGUAAAAUCGUAUUGUAUAGGUGGUUCGAUCAUGAAAACCUUCUAUUCGAUUUUAAAUCAUAGAAGGUUUUUUAGUAGUAUGAAAUGGUUGAAUCACGAUUAAACCAUGGUUUCAACAUAAAUAUCAUACUAUUGACUUUUUUAGUACAACCACUGCUACGGAUUUACAAUCCUUGCUAAAUUAUUACACGGAUAACAAUAUUUGUACACAAUUAAUAACUCUGGAACCUAUUACCUCAUGUUUACUUGUUUUACUUAUCUACAAAUAAAUUGUAGAAAACUUU